CUAAGCUUAAUCAUAUUUAAUGUAUUGAUAGAAAUUGAACAAUUUAAAAAUGAAUCUUUUCCUCAACAAGCUUUUUCCAGAGCUUUUAGCAACUAGGUUUGGUGUUCUGUGGCUCCUGAUUAUCAGUCUCCUAUUCACUGCACCCUUCAUUACCCUCUGUGUGUGGUAUACUAAUUACUACCAUCAGGUUAUCGACAGUGAACUGGGUUCAGGGGGCACUAAUCUCAAACUGGAUAUAGGAGAAACGAAAACAUACACUUCCGCUCCAGUAGUAGCUGUUCGACCAGUAAAAGGUUCUAGCGGAAUACUUUCAGCUCUUCUCAAACCACCCUCAGGUGUUCAAAUAUUUCGACUCCUGCGUCAGAAGUCUGAUGAUUAUAUAUCAGAUCCAAACUGUCUGAUAUUAUAUAGACUUGCUUAUCUAGCAUACUUAGCUGAUAGAAAUCAAGGUUUAUUGGCUGAUAGAGAUCAAGAUUUAUUAGCUGAUAGAGAUCAAGAUUACUUAGCUGAUAGAGAACAAGAUUUCUUAGUUGAUAAAGAUCAAGAUUACUUAGUUGAUAGAGAUCAAGAUUUAUUAGCUGAUAGAGAUCAAGAUUACUUAGCUGAUAGAGAACAAGAUUUCUUAGUUGAUAGAGAUCAAGAUUACUUAGUUGAUAGAGAUCAAGAUAACUUAGCUGAUAGAGAUCAAGAAUACUUGGAUGAGAGAGAUCAAGAUAACUUAGCUGAUAGAGAUCAAGAAUACUUGGAUGAAAGAGAUCAAGAUAACUUAGCUGAUAGAAAUCAAGAAUACUUGGAUGAAAGAGAUCUAGAUUAUUUUUUUGAUAGAGAUCAAGAAUUAGUUGAACUCCAAGAACUGACGGAAGCUCAAGAACUGUUGGAAGCUCAAGAAUUGAUAGAAGCUCAAGAACUGAUUUUAGCUCAAGAACUGAUUGUAGCUCAAGAAUUGAUGGAAGCUCAAGAACUGUUGGAAACUCAUGAACUGAUGGAAGCUCAAGAUAUGAUUGCAGCUCAAGAACUGCUGGAAGCUAAAGAACUGUUAGAUGCACAAGAAAUGUUGGGUACUCAAGAACUGUUGGAAGCUCAAGAAGCGGUUGAAGCUCAAGAACUGUAUGAAGCUCAAGAUAUGAUGGAAACUCAAGAAUUGAUGGAGACUCAAGAAUGAUUUAAAG